AUGAUGAGAAGAAGCCUAGUAAGGGCAUUUUCACUAUUUAGACUGCCUUUUCAGCCCUUCACGCCAAAAAACCCUCAGCUUAUGACUAGCCGAAGCAGAUUCAUUAGCCACAGAUUUAUGUCAAGCCUCCCAAGCCACCAAAAACUAGGCAUGCCCUUAUUAUCCCCUACCAUGACUCAAGGAACAAUUGUGAAAUGGCUCAAAAAAGAAGGCGACAAAGUCAAAGCUGGCGAAAUCAUGUUUGAAGUUGAGACUGAUAAAGCCACGCUCGGUUUUGAAGUCCAAGACGACGUCUAUUUAGCGAAAAUCAUUGAGCCUGAAGGUAGUGCAAAUAUUCCACUCGGAAAGCCAGUCGCAAUUUUAGUUGACAGUUCAGGAGAUAUAGAACUUUCUCUUCAAUAACGCGAUAAGGCGUGCUUCCUGGUUUGACUAGAAGGUCUUUGGACUAUGAAAAUUUGAUGUUCCUUCUUUGUAAGAGAGUCAUACAGUGAAAAUAAAGAGUUCUGGCUGAUCAAUCUCGAGAACUUAAAGAGAGGCUAUUUGCAAAUUUACACUUUUGGUUCGUCAAAUGGAUCUGGCGAGCCAAUUCUGGCCGGUACUUGAAAUUAUAAAUGAUAGUUACCAAAAUUUUAUUAAUUUUCUGAUGGCAAGUAUGAUCAGAAUUUUAAUAAAUGGCACAGGAUCAGACAGCCCACUUAAAAAAUAUUGUUAAAAUUAAAAAGUCCCAUUUUAUAAAAGAUACAAUAAAUUUUGAAAAAUUAUUAUUUUAUUUUAAAAAAAAAUUUUAUAAAAAAUUUUAUUUAUAUUGAUAUAAUUAUUUUAAAGAUUUAUUUUUUAACAUUUGAAAAAAAUUUAAAAAAUAUUAUAAGAAGAAAAUUUUAAUAUCAUUAGUAAAGUUCGUAAAGAGCAACAAGCGCUUAGCACAAACUUUGGCUUUUAUAAAGCAGUUAGUCAUAAUUAAAUUGGCAUCAUUUAUUUAGAAAUCUAUCCUUCCGCAAAAACACAACUCGAUCAACAAGUUUUUAAUUAUUAACUCCAUUUUAAUUUUCUAACGAAAACAUAUUAGUUAUUAGUAAGUUCGUAAAGAACAACAAGCGCUUAGCACAAACUUUGGCUUUUAUAAAGCAGUUAGUCAUAAUUAAAUUGGCAUCAUUUUAUUAAGAAAUCUAUCCUUCCGCAAAAACACAACUCAAUCAACAAGUUUUUAAUUAUUAACUCCAUUUUAAUUUUCUAACGAAAACCAUAUGAGUCGUUAGUAAGUUCGUAAAGAGCAACAAGCGCUUAGCAUAAACUUUGGCUUUUAUAAAGCAGUUGUAAUUAUUACCAAAGGAAUUAUUAGAUCGGUUUGAAAGGAAUAAGUUGUCUGAUCCUGUGCCAUUUAUUAAAAUUCUGAUCAUACUCGCCAUCAAAAAAUUAAUAAAAUUCUGGCAACUACCAUUUUUCAUUUCAAGUACUGGCCAGAAUUGGCUCGUCAGAUUCAUUUGACGAGCCAAAUAUAAAAUUUUUCACACGGCCUCUCUUCAAGUUCUCGAGAUUAAUCAGGCAGAAUUCUUUAUUUAGGCUAUUUUUCUCCCCCAUGAAUAAAGAAUAGCAAGUUUUCAUAUGUUUAAGAUCAUCCGGUAAAACCUAGGAAUGCGCCUUAUCGCGCUAUUGAAAAGAAACUUCUAUAUCGCAGCAUUCAAAAAUUACUCGCCAUCCCAAGAAAACGUUGCUCCAGAGAAAAUCAAAGCUGAAGUCAAAGAAGUAAAGACUCCUAUUAAAGAGGAACCCAAGAAAUCGCCUGAAAUUUCUGACAGGGUUUUCAUUUCUCCACUAGCCAAAAAAAUCAGCAAGGAAAACAGCUUCGACUAUACAAAAGUUACAGGGACUGGCCCUAAUGGAAGAAUCGUUAAAGAUGACAUAAUUCAAGCUUUAUCAGCAACUCCUCAGCCUCAGCCAACCAUUCAGGCUCCUCAAGAAAUAAGAGCUGAAGGGUUCAAAGACAUCCCUCACUCUAGCAUCAGAAAAGUGAUUGCAAAGAGACUUCUUGAAUCAAAGCUGACAAUUCCACAUUAUUAUUUAUCAAUAGACUGUGCAACUGACACCCUCAAUGCUUUUAGAGCCAAACUUAAUGCAUUGUCUCCAGUCAAAAUUUCUAUUAAUGAUAUCAUUAUUAAAGCAACAGCCUUAGCUUCUCUUCAAGUCCCAGAGGCAAACUCAUGCUGGCUAGAGAAUUCAAUGAUAAUGUAUGAUAAUGUUGACGUUUCAGUAGCUGUUCAAACUGACAAAGGACUUAUAACUCCUAUAGUUAAGAAUGCCCACAUAAAAAGAAUAGGCGAAAUUUCAGCUGAAAUGAAAAAACUUGCUGAUUUGGCUAAAACUGGUAAAUUGACUCCAGACCAGUUUCAAGGCGGAACGAUUACUGUGUCUAAUCUAGGUAUGUUCGGCAUUAAAGAAUUCAGCGCAAUCAUAAAUCCUCCUCAGGCUUGCAUUCUAGCUGUAGGUGCGAGUCAUGAUGUGCUAGUCCCUGAUGCUGAAAAAGGAUUUAAGGCUUCAUCAGUGAUGACUGUUACUUUGAGCUGUGAUCAUAGAGUUGUUGAUGGUGCUAUUGGUGCUAGAUGGCUUCAAUCUUUCAAAAAAUAUAUCGAAGAACCUUAUUCAAUGUUGAUUUAA